AUCUUCUUCCCACCAACCCCCAUUCCGGCGGUGCGAGAGACGGAGCGACGGAGCGACAAUGGCGGGCGAGCCGGUGAUCGACACGGAGAGGGUCCAGCAGUUCGUCGGCGACCUCGAGUCCCAGAUGAGCGCCCUCUCCGCCUGCACCCGCCUCUUCGCCGCCGUCUCCGACCGCCUCCGAUCCCUCCGCCGCUCCCUCGACGACAAGUCCCUCUCCGUCGAAUCCAGCCUCCAGUCCCUCGCCUCCGCCUCCCACGAGGCCCUGGAGUCCCUCUCCCGCCGGGAGGCCUCCCUCCCCGACCGCGAAUCCUCCGCCACCGCGCUCGUCGAGGAGCGCGUGGUCGCCGCCCUCGCCGACCUCCACGGCGGCCCCGGCCCGGGCGGCUCCCGCGGGCUGCCGGAGCAGCUGCGGUCGCUCGCGCGGAGGAUGGACUCCUCCGGCCUGGUCAAGCUCCUCGUCUCGAGGAGGAAGGAGUCGGCGUCGCUGCGGGCGGAGAUGCCGGCGGCCGUCGCGGAGGCGGUCGACCCGCCGCGGCUCGUGCUGGACGCGGUGGAGGAGUUCCUGGAGAACAAGUCCGCCAAGGUCGGGGUGGCCGACAAGCGGUGGGCGUGCGGGCUGCUGGUGCAGGCCCUGUUUCCGGAGGCCAAGAGGGCGGACGCGCGGCGGCCCGAGUACGCCCGGAGCGUGGUGGAGAGGGCCGCCGCCCUCCUCGACGCGUGGAGGAAGCAGGUGGAGGGUGCUGCCGGGGCCGGCGGGGCGGGAGAAGAGAGCGACGGGGCCAUCGGGCCCGCGGAGGCGGUCAUGAUCCUUCAAAUGGUGGUGGCGUUCGGGCUGAAAUCGAGGUUCGACGAAGGUUUCUUGAGGAAGCUGGUGGUGGAUUUCGCGCGGAGAAGAGACUUAGCCAAGCUCGCGGUGGCUCUGGAUUUUGGCGAACAAUUAGCAGACAUUAUUGAGGAACUGGUGAAGAAUGGUAAGGAGAUAGAGGCUGUCUAUUUUGCUGCUGAGGCGGGCAUGACCGACAGAUUUUCUCCGGCUUCUCUUCUAAAGUCGUACCUGAGUAACGCCAAGAAGAACGCUCAAACUGUGUUGAAGGGCGGCAAUAACAGCAUGGUCUCCGCGGAGGAGGCUAGUACUAUCGAAUUGAGCGCCAUCAAGACGGUCAUCAAGUGCGUGGAAGACCAAAAACUCGAGUCGGUCUUCUCUCUCGACAACCUAAAGAAGAGAGCCGCCAUCCUGGAGAAAGCCAAGGCGGAAAGAAAGAAGAACUCAGCUUCUGUUAGCAAGCCUGCCAAUAAACGAGCUUAUGGACCCGGCGUUGGCCGCGGUGGUGGGCAGUCUUCUUCCCACCCGGCCAAGGCGGCGAAAUUCGCUAAUCCUAGCCCCUCGUUUGGUCGGAGGAACCCGCUCCCACUCGCGCACCUCAGUUCUGCCGUAAGAUAUUCCGCCCCUUACAGCUAUCCCAGCCAGGGCGCUUACGAAGUUCCGAGCAUGACCGCGUACGCGCCAGCGGCCUAUGGGAGGUCCCACAGUCCGACCGAAGCUCAAAUCGUGAUCCCUCAGGAGUAUUCCCCCUCCAAUGCCUAUUCGCCCAUCGUCCAGAGGGUGACCUAUUCGCCCAUCGUGGGCACCGGCGGCAGCGGCGGGAGUUCAUAUCGCGUGGGUACAUACGUACCCCCAGCGGCGAGUCACGGUAUGCACGAUUACAACGCGCAUCAGUAUCCAUCUUACGGACAGUAAGACCGUAGAUUAGAAAGAUAAAGUGGCUAGAUCACGAGAUGAUGAUCCGCCUUCCCUGUCAUUUUUCUUAUGCUCCUCGUCUAGGAAAUCUCGGUGGGGGCUGUCUGUUGUCAUUGAUUAUCUAUCAGUUACACCAUCGUCUAUCGUUUUCUCGACUUCA